GUGUCCCUCCGCGUGUACGCUCCGCACCAGGAAGUAAACUGCAAACAAAGUAGGAUCAUGGCAGAAUGCACAGAGACACAUCCUUGUGCUGAUGCUGCGGACAUGCCGGAGCUAUCGGACGCUGAUAGCGACUCCGGUGAUGACAAAGAGCAGUGGCAAUGGAUGGAGGAGGAGGAGGACAGUCAACAGGUUACCUGUUUGUUUUGUGACAGAUUACUAAAUUCCGUGCCUGACACCCUGCAGCACUGCACAGUUGAGCACCAAGUGAACCUUAAAGAUGUCAUCAAGAGGCAUAAUUUAGAUGACUACAGUUACAUAAAGCUGAUCAAUUUUAUCCGCUCAACAAAAUGUGAUCCAUCAUAUCUCACGGGGCUGCCAGAUGAUCUCUUACCGUGGGAAAGUGAUGACUUCCUCAAGCCAGUUAUACAGGAUGACCUUUUAUUGCAAACUGACCCCGAGGACCUGUGUGGUGGUCACCAGGGGACGGAUUUGUCGGCAUGCGGGUCAUUGGAGGGGAAGACUAAUCCGGCACUGCGGCUGAGAGUAGCUUCUGCUGAGAAGGCUGUUCCUCAAACCUUUGAAGAUGUACAAAAUUUAAUGCUGCUCGUCCAGCGUUUGGUGCUGGACGCUGACAAUGAAAGGCCCGCUAACCCGCGCGCUGUUGCCGAGCUUCGUGAAGAUGAGGACGAAGCCUACUUCAGCUCCUACGGUCAUUAUGGCAUUCAUGAGGAGAUGCUCAAGGACAAAGUACGCACCGAAAGCUACCGUGACUUCAUCUACAGCAACCCCGACGUGUUCAAAGACAAGAUUGUUUUAGAUGUCGGCUGCGGGACUUGCAUAUUAUCGAUGUUUGCCGCUCGGGCUGGAGCCAAGCAGGUCAUUGCCGUUGACCAAUCGGAAAUUAUCUACCAAGCCAUGGAUAUAGUAAGGGCCAACAAGCUUGAGGACAAAAUCACUUUGCUGAAAGGCCGCAUCGAAGACAUCAGCCUUCCCGUGGAGAAAGUGGACAUCAUCAUCUCGGAAUGGAUGGGUUACUUUUUGCUAUUCGAAUCCAUGUUGGACUCCGUCUUGGUGGCCAGAGACCUCUAUUUGGGCGAUGGUGGUUCAGUCUACCCGGACGUUUGCAACAUCAGCCUGGCAGCAGUGGGAGACCCCCAGAAGCACCAAGAGUGCAUUGCCUUCUGGGACGAUGUGUAUGGCUUCAACAUGUCGUGCAUGAAGAAGUUUGUCGUGCCCGAGGCCGUGGUGCAAGUGGUGAACGCGGACACGCUCAUCUCGGAACCUGCAAUCGUACAGACAAUCGACUGCAAUAAAGUACGUCUCUCGGAGCUGGAGUUCACGUGCGACUUUUGCUUGAAGAUGACCAAAAGCACAGAUUGCACGGCAAUCGUGGGCUACUUUGACGUUUUCUUUGACAAAGGCUGCCGCAACAAGGUGAUGUUCUCCACGGGUCCUCAGGUGACAACGACCCACUGGAAACAAACCGUCUUCCAACUGGAGAAACCCUUCACAGUCCAGGCGGGGGAGGAGCUUCAAGGAAAGAUCACAUUGCGCAAAAACAAAAAGGACCCUCGCUCACUGUUGGUCACCUUUGAACUCCGAGACAGGAAGCUGACCUACAAAGUGCAGUAAUGUAGUCAAGUGACGGAAGUGACGUCAUUGAAACAACAUUGCUGUUGUGAGUAUGGCAAUUGACAUUUUAGGAUUGUUUUACUUAUUUGUAAUAAAGAACACCUUGACCAAAUA